AUUAUACAAGUGUGAUGAAGUUAUACAUACUUAUUCUCAUUGCUUGUUUAGUCAUUAGUUAAGCUUAGGAAGACAUCAAAUAAGGAGAAACUACUUAAUAGGAAUCUGAAAUUCCAAAAGAUGACAAUAACAACAACAUUCCUACAGAAGGAAAAUUUAAAUCAAGAACCAAAGAAGAAAUCAUCAAAGAAAGAGAUACUCUAUAAACUUUAUUAAAAACUUUGAAUUAUUCUUGUAUUGUUUUAGCUAGAAUGUAAUUAUCAAGAUAUAAGUCUGAAUUAAUGAAAGUUAUUGAAAGGUAUUAAUUCACAUCAUAUCAUUAUAGUCAUUAAACCAAAUAGGAAUAAAGUAUAGUAUGGAAGAAAAUAUAUACAUCUUAUGUUAGUUAGUGUCAAAAAAGUAUAACAUAUGAUGAUAGUGUCAAAGUAAAAUUAUGAAAUAUAAUGAUUUUAGAUCUUCUCAUAAAUUUAAUCAAAAGAAUUCAAAUUUGAUGAUUACAGAUUCAUUUAUGAAAAUAUGACAUUAGAAGAUUAUAGUAAUGACAAAGUUGAUAUGCAUAUAACUUAAGCUGAAGAAAAAAUAUGGCAAUAUAUUUAGGAUUUUGAAAAAGCUAUGGAUUCCAAGGAUGAUGAAGAUGAUGAUGAUUCAUAACUCAAAAGAAAUUUUGAUUUGGAACCUAAAAUAUUUGGAUUUUCAUUAAAAUCAGUAAAAUCUUUACAAUACAUCAUGUUCUUUAUAUUUAUUUCAUUCAUUUUAUUCUUGGGUUACAUAGCAUAUAAAAAAUUACCUAAGCAAUAUGAAGAUUAAAAAAAGAAAAGAAGAAACUGA